AUGGAAGUGUCAAGAUACUCAGUGGUUGGCAUAGUUGGAAUAGUAGUAUUCUUUAAGAGAUUAAAAUCUAUGUAUUUGGGAACAUAUUUCUGGGUGAAAUUUUUGCAGAGCUUUUUAAAUAUAUUCUCUUCAUUGUUGAUGGUCACUCUUAUCCAGCUACCCUUUUCUGAUAUGAUCUAAUCUUUGGCUUCUUUUGCUCUUGAUUAAUAUUUUUGUCUGAUUAUUUACUCAUACUGGCAGGCUAAAAAGAUUGAAGAAGGCUACGUAAGCCCGUUUGAUGAGGAUUUAGAUGAAGAAGAGGAGAUUGAUAAAGAAUAGGGCAGAUAUGAGUCUUCACAUGGAGGUUCUAUAAUCCCAGAUGGUAAUGAACUUAGCGCUAUAGUAGGCGAGAUAAACCAGAAUAGCCAGGAUGUAAACGUUGAAGUAACAGAAAACACUAACAAUAUUGUAGCUCUAUAUAAUAAUAGUAUAGUCGCAGCAGCAGAUCCAAGUGAUAACUCUAGCAAUAAUGGCUAAAAUUAACCUUAUUUAAGAAGAGAUACUGAUGCCACUUUGGAGUGA